AUGGCAGCAUCUGCUAAGGGAAGUGUUUCACCCCCUUUAUCAAAUUCUACAAAUUCAACGACUGAAGCUUCAAGUCAAAUCAACAACACAAGAGGGACUGCAAGUAAACGGAAAGCUAUUCCUUUAAGUCAUAAAGGAGAUGCAAUUGGGCUGAUGAUUGAAAAAUGCUUAUUAGAUUGGGGGAUUGAUAAGUUGUUCACUGUCACCGUUGACAAUGCAACUUCGAAUGAUGUUGCUAUUGGUUAUUUAAGAAAGAGAUUUAGUCCUCGAGGGGGUUGCAUUGCAAAUGGUUUAAAGGAAAUGAACAAAUCUGUUGCACGUGUUAGGGGGGCUGUGAAAUAUGUGAGACAAUCUCCAGCUAGAUUGAAAAAGUUCAUGGAGUACACUGCUGAAAAAUUUGAGAGAGCUUUCGAGAGAUUUGAGGAGCAAGAUACAAAUUUUAGGGCUGAACUUGAGUUAGGAGAGGGCUGGCCAACUGUAAAUGAUUGGACUUGUGUUAGAAACUUGAGGGAUUUCUUGGAACAUUUUUAUGAAGUCACUUUGCGAGUUUCAGGUACUUCAUAUGUCACAUCUAACAAUUUUUUUGAUGAACUUACUGAAAUUUGCAUACUUUUAAGGGAUGUUCAAUUAAGUGCUGAUGUUGAAUUUAGUGUUAUGGCCAUGAGGAUGAAAGAUAAAUUUGAGAAAUAUUGGGGUGAUAUUGAGAAGAUGAAUAUGCUUGUUUUUGUUGGCUGUGUUUUAGAUCCUAGGCAGAAAUUAAGUUAUCUUGAAUUUGCACUUAAUGAGAUGUAUGAUUCAAAAAAAAGUUUUGAAGUGAUGCAAAAGCUGAAAGAGACUUUGAAUGAAUUGUAUGAUGAGUAUAAGUCUCGAGUCUCUAGUGAUGGAAACCAUUUAAAUGUGAGAAUUUCUGAACCGCAACAAAAAGUGAAAAGACGCAUGAAAGAUUUGUAUAAAAGGCGUGUGAUUGAAAUUGGUGGUGAGGAUCAAACAUCUGAAUUAGAUAAAUAG